AUGGCGGCAUCACAGACUGGCCAACUGGGUAAUGACCAAACUGCCGCGCUGCAGGCCUCCAUCUUAGAGCAAGGCCACAAGGUCCGUGAACUCAAGGCUGCCAAAGCGAGUCCGGAAGAGGUCAAAGCUCAGGUAGAUGUUCUGCUCGAGCUCAAAAAACAAAUGGAACUCCUCACAGUCGGCGCAGGCGGUAGCGCAAGCGGCUCCAAGAAAGGAUCUUCGGGUGGGAAGCUGGUCAUAAAAACACCCAAGGGGACGCGGGAUUGGGAGCCAUUGUCGAUGGCACUCCGAUCACAGAUAUUCUCCAAGAUCACCAAAGUAUUCGAGACGCACGGCGCUGUCACCAUCGACACACCUGUCUUUGAACUUAAGGAGAUUCUCACCGGAAAAUAUGGCGAGGAUGGAGGGAAACUCAUCUACGACCUGCAGGACCAGGGUGGAGAACUCUGCAGUCUGCGGUACGAUUUGACUGUCCCCUUCGCUCGAUUUGUCGCCAUGAACCCAUCCGAUUACGGCACCAUCAAGCGCUACCACAUCGCCAAGGUCUACCGACGAGAUCAGCCGGUGAUGACCAAGGGCCGCUUCCGCGAAUUCUACCAAUGUGAUAUCGACAUUGCCGGCGUGUACGACCCCAUGGUGCCGGAUGCAGAGGUGCUCUCCAUCCUUGUAGAGGCGCUCGAAGCCCUCGAGAUGGGCGAGUUCACCAUCAAGAUCAACCACCGCAAGAUCCUCGAUGCCAUCUUUAGCAUCUGUGGCGUGCCAGAAGAGAAGAUCCGUACCAUCUCUAGCGCAGUGGACAAACUCGACAAGUCGCCCUGGAGCGAGGUUAAGCGGGAAAUGGUUGUCGAUAAGGGUCUGGACGAAAGCAUCGCCGAUCACAUCGGCGAAUACGUCAAGCUCAAGGGCUCACGCGACCUGCUUGAGAAGCUCGAGAUGGACGAAAAGCUUUCCGCUCACCCGCUUGCAGCGCAGGGUCUCAAGGAUAUGGCGCUUCUUUUCAACUACCUCGACAUCUUUGGCGUCACACGCCGUAUGAGCUUCGACCUUAGCCUCGCUCGCGGCCUCGAUUACUAUACUGGCAUCAUCUACGAGGCCGUCACAUCUGCCUCCGCCCCGCCAGGCUUCACCGAGGAAGGUGCAGCAGCCAAGCCCAUUGUGCGGUCAGAAAGUUCGGCCAGCAGCAGCAAGAAGAGCAAGAAAAAGCCUGAGGGGGAAGAUGAGGAGGUCGACGAGAGCACGGUCGGCGUCGGCUCGAUCGCUGCCGGCGGGCGGUACGAUAACCUUGUCGGCAUGUUCUCCAACUCGAAGAAGCCCGAUGCAGUACCCUGCGUUGGCGUCAGCAUCGGCGUCGAGCGCGUGUUUGCUAUCAAAAUGCAACAGCUCAGGGACGCACAGGCGAGGGGAGAGCCGAUGAGCGUCAGACCCAAGAAGGUAGAGGUCUUUGUGAUGAACAUGGGUGAUGGUCUGCUUGCCGAACGCAUGCAAGUCGCCAAGAUGCUUUGGGACCACGACAUCAAGGCCGAGUUCCUGUACAAAAACAAGCCAAAAGUGCAGCAAUCCUUCGCGGCGAUCGAGAAGGACCGCGUACCGUUCGCCGUCAUGCUGGCACCAGAAGAGUGGAAGGCCGGUAUCGUACGCGUCAAGGCGCAGCUGGGCAAAGGCAGUGAAGAAGGCGCGGGCAAAGGCGACGAAGUCAAGUUGGACAAACUAGUUUCGUAUCUCAAGAGUAGGAUCGCCGAGAUGACACAGGUGUAA